GUUUAGCUUAAAUGAGGACGAGGAGGAAGAAGUGGGGAGGUUGGUGAGGAAGAGGGGGUAUGUAUUGAAUAUUAUGGACCUCACCAGCGCAGCAUGUAUAGAGGCUGCUGAGCUCUAUGGGCCAAGCGCUCUGAGUGAAGCUCAAAUGGAUCAAUUUUUGAAUACUGCUGGAGGAAAGGCUAUCCCCAAGAAGCCAAGGAUGAAGUCAAGGACUUCAACUAAGCAAGUGGAUGAGGGGAGGGUUGGGAAGGAGGUGGUACCCUUGGCGUCAGCUGAGACGGAGGAAGAGGUACCAGCACUGAAGAGGAAGGGUUGGGAGGAGAGGAGGGCGCUGCAGAAGAAGCAGAAGGUGGUGGAAGAAGAGGGGAAUGGGGUGCCUGAGUUCGUACCUCAGCCUCCUCCUGUUGAGCUGGACCCCGAGCUCAGACAGUUGGAGGGGGGGGCUGAGGUACGGGCUCCUGGUAAGGGGAAGGGCCCUGUUACCCCAGUAGUGCCUCAGAGCAACCUGUUCGAGGCAAAGAACAUAAUGGGGGCUAGGUGGUUCAUCAACAGCACCUUCCCCGAAGUGGACAAGUGCAGUGCACGGGAGGAGGCUCUGAGGUACGGGGGAGCAUCUGUGGUGAAGCAUGCUCUUGAGAGCGCGAGCUGGGUGAAUGGUCUAGCCCAGGAGUUCAGGGAGAGUAUAAAGGAUCGCGCACUCUUGCAAAGGCAGUGUGACCAACUGCAGAAGGAGAAGGAAGAGUUGGAGAAAAAGAAUAAGGAGCUGCAAGAGUCUCUGAAUGAGGUGGUUCCAGCUAUGAAGCAGUUGGAGCAGGAGAGGUCGUCCCUAAGCACCAAGCUCGUCUUUGAGGAGAGCAAACGAAGGAUCUCCGAAAGCGAGCGUGAGGCUCAGGCGCAAGAAAUAAAGCUGAUGACGGAGGCAUUCAAGGAGCUGAAAGGGAACACGCAGAAGUUGGUGCAUAAUGGAAUGAAGGAACACAUCAGCAACUUCAUCAGUUCCAGCUCGUUUGACAGCAUCGUCAACCUGUACCGGCUGCCCAUUGCCAUUAUCGCUUUCACAGACUGCAGAAAGAAGAUGAAGGCUGCAUAUCCCGAAGUGGAUGUGACAAAGGUCACCUUCGGCGAGCAAGAAGAAAGAGUGGAGGAAGAUGGUGAGAGCAUGUCAGCAGACUUCCGUCCUCAGAUCAAACUGAGGUGGGAGGAUGAUGCAGACGGUCUCGCUGUUUUUCCUCCACAAUUCGACUUCGAGUUCGUUGCAGUGGAGGAAGAAGGAGCAGAGGUAGAGGGAGACGAAGUGGAGGCAGGAGUAGAAGGAGCUGGAGUUGAUGAUGGACAACCAAUUCCAGAAGUGGAGAUUCAUCCAGUUCCUUCUGACGAUGAGCAGCCUCCUCUGCCAGACGAGCAGCAGCCAAGACAGCCACCUCUUCCAACUGAAGAGGAGCCAGUGGAGCCACCUCCUCCAGCAGAGAAUUAAUUUUGUUUGUUUUUUGAUUUUUUGUAAAGACAUGUGAUCAGUUUGUAGUACCUAUAUUUUCUUAAUGAAAGUUUAUUUUUGAA